AAUAAAUUGUUUUCGUUCGUACUUAUCAUUAGAUUAACCGAUUUCUUAACAUUUACGUUUUAAUUCUCACUUUUUCUCGUUUCAACAGUGCAUUUUGUUCCUUUUUUAACCAACUAACAUCAAACACCAACAUGACCAAAUUGCGAAUUCUCGUAUUAGGAGGCACCGGAUUCAUUGGACGCAACGUUGUGACAUUUUUCGUGCAGAAUGCGUUGGUUGACAAGGUUGUCGUUGUCGACAAGGUUCCGCCGCAACUUUCCUGGAUGAAUGACGAGGUCAAGGCCGUUUUCGAGAACGACGUUGUGGAAUUCCGAAGUGCGAAUUUAAUUCAUGCAGCUUCCGUGGAACGAGCAUUCGCUGGUUUGACGAUCGAUUUUGUGAUAAAUUGUGCGGCGGAGACGCGUCCCGGCAUGGCGCCGGAGAUUUAUGAGGAGAGUAUUUUCAAGUUGGGCGUGAAUUGUGUGGAAAAUGCCGCAAAAUUGGGCGGUUUGAAGAGAUUUAUUCAACUUAGCAGCUGCAUGAGUUCCAAUAGUGGCACGGAAGUCACCGAGGAAUGUGCCAUGGAGCCAUGGACGGUAAUUGGGAAGCAGCAUGCCAAGUUGGAAGAGUACUUGAGAUCGCAGAAAAACGUUAAAUACGCAAUUUUACGACUUCCGAUUGUUUAUGGGAAAGGAGAUCGCACGGGAUUGACUCCCCGCAUCAUCGCUGCUUGUCUCUAUAAACACUUGAACGCAACCAUGAAGCUCCUCUGGACCAAAGAUAUCAAGUUGAACACGAUUCAUGUACAAGAUGUUGCCUCCGCCAUCCAUCAUCUCCUCCAAAACUCCUCGGACGAUCAAAUUUUCAACCUUGUGGAUGACGCGAAAUCCACUCAAGGCAGCAUUACGGACAUUUUAUGCUCAAUUUACGGCAUCAAAUGCGAGUACAUGGGUCAAAUCCUCUCGAAAAUGACCCAAAUUGACGUUGCCGGUGUCGUAAAAGACAUUAAUGAGGAACAUCUCGGCACCUGGGCCAGACUUUGUCAAAAAGGAGACCUCAAUACCCCGCUGACGCCCUAUAUUGAUGCCGAUGCUUUGGAAAAUAAACAUGUAAACAUGUCAAAUCGCAAAUUAUUGGCUACCGGAUACGAAUUGAAACAUCCCAUUGUGACGCGCGAAUUGAUCCAAGACGUUAUUGAUGACUUUGUGAUACAAAAAUUCCUACCAAAUGAGCUUUAAACUCUCUUACAUGUGAUACCGAUGUGCAUUCCAAAUGGAUGUCUAGUCCUUUUUAACGAAAAAAAAAAUCAAAAGUAAGUAUUUUUUUUUAGAUGUACUUAAUAUUUGUCGCUUCAGAGAGAAGCUAAUUCCAUUAAAAAGGCGAUAAAAAAGUUGAAAGUGUUUCCUAAAUUUUUUUUAAAAAAUUUGAGAAUUAAAUAAAUAUUUCUGGUACAUUUUGAGAAAAAAUUAAAAUAUCAAAAUUUUUCUAAAGAUAGAGUCAAAAAAAUUUUUUUUCAAAUUUUGAAAACUUUUAAUUGAAUUAAAAAAUUUUUUUUGCCAAUAAGGCCGCUCCAACUGAAACUCAAUAGUUUUGUCCAGUGCCCCAUUUUAAAAUCCAAAAUUAAGUGGGACAGAAAAAAAUUUUAUAAAAAAUG